AUGCCUUCCGACGCCAUCCAAACUUCCGCUGGCAUCGACGCUUCGGCCCCCGCUCAGGCCUCGUCCUCCGAUCGCCGGCUGCUUGGCAUUGGUACUGCCGAAGGAGAGCAAGGCGAGCUGAAUGCUGCUGCCGCUGUUGCAAGAAAGCUAUUCUCGGCCAGAUGCGAGGGCGAGCCAAUCGCCACUGUAUGCACGCUCAGCUGCACGCCGCACAGAUCUGCAUCUGCGUCGCCUUGGGCACCGCGUGCAUGCAUGUCAAGACGCAAAAUUCAGCGGCAGGCGUACGCCAACCCCACGCUCCACUACGGAUUCCGCUCCGGCCCUUUGAGCCAAGAUGCUGUAUUCCGCAGACCGAGGAAGAGCCCUUUGUGGUCAGAGCGACUCGAAGAUCCGCGGCUCGUUGUCUCGCCGUUUGAUCGUUAG